CCAAGAGUAACAGCUCACUACACGUCAGGACAGCAACCGAAAUGGACACACACGACUUCAAAAGACGGGGCAGCCAGGUGAUGGACUUUAUCGCAGACUACAUAGGCAACAUCCGGUCCAGGAGAGUUCUCCCAGAUGUCAAGAAAGGCUAUUUAAGGAAACUGCUGCCUGACGCCGCCCCUGAAAAUGGAGAGAAAUGGGAAUCCAUCAUGGCCGACUUUGAGAAGUCCAUUAUGCCAGGGAUUGUACACUGGCAGCACCCAAACUUCCACGCUUAUCUGCCCCUGGGUUACUCUUUUACUUCUGUCUUAGCGGACACCUUGGCAGAUGGUCUAGGCGUAGUGGCUUUCUCUUGGGCAUCAAGUCCCGCCGCCGUUGAGUUGGAAUUGUUAUUAAUGGAUUGGGUCGGAAAAAUGAUUGGACUACCAGACCAUUUUAUGAAUUCAAGCGGUCAAGGCGGUGGGUGUAUACAGGGGUCGGCCAGUGAAUGUGUGCUGGUCGCCCUACUGUCGGCCCGACACAGGACCAUCCAGGGGCUCAAGUCAACCCACCCCCACAUGGAGGACGGGGAGCUGUUGACUAAGUUGGUCGCCUACAGCUCUAAGCUGGCUCACUCAAGCGUGGAGAAGGCGGGGCUAAUCGGGCUGGUCAAGCUGAGACAACUGGAGCAUGACGAAAACUACUCACUGCGUGGUGACGUGUUGGAGGAAGCCAUGCAGGAAGAUAUAAAACGUGGGCUGGUGCCAUUUUUUGUCUGCGCCUCACUGGGGACAACAACCUGCUGCUCGUUCGACAACCUGCAGGAGGUGGGGGAGGUGUGCACCAGACGGGGCGUAUACCUGCACGUAGACGCGGCGUACGCAGGGGGAGCUUUUGUUUGUCCGGAGUUCCAGCACUUUCUGAAUGGGGUGGAGAAUGUCGACUCGUUCAGUAUGAAUCCAUACAAGCUACUUCAGGUCAAUGUGGACGGCUCUAUGAUGUGGGUAAAGAAUGCUAAGACACUCACCAGCUCGUUGACCGUUGACCCCUUGUACCUGAGAACCAAGCAUGAAGACGAGGAUCUGGACAUCAGGCACUGGGGGAUCCCGUUGUCGCGGAGAUUUCGAGCACUGAAGGUUUGGUUUGUUAUAAGGACGUACGGGUUAAAGGGUCUACAGGCCAGGAUUAGAGAGCACGUACGUCUGGGGAAAUUCUUUGAAAGUAAAGUACUAGCAGACGACAGGUUUGAAGUUGUUGCCCAGGUGACGCUCGGUCUUGUUUGCUUCCGUCUUCGGAACACCAACGAACUAAACGAGAGACUGAUGGAGAGGGUCAACAAAAGUGGGAUGGUGCACAUGGUGCCUGGUAUGCUCAACGACAAGUACAUUCUACGACUUGCCGUGUGUACACCCCGUACAACAGAAGACGACAUCUCGUUUGCCUGGGAUGUGAUCCGGUCAACAGCUGGGGAACUUUUGAAGAAGAGACCACGACUGGACAGCACUCAACGUAGCGGCUCAUUGCUGGAAACUGUUUCUAAACGAAGGCCAACAUUCUGCUCAAAUAAUAGUAUUCCUGUUGAAAUAACUACACAAAUCAAAGCCAGACCUAAUAUAGUGGUUGAAAAUGAUAAAGACCAUCAAGAUUUCUCACCCAAUGGAGGCAAAUACGAAGCAGAAUCUGAUGACCACUUCGAUGAGGAGAUGACGUCAUUCAGCCAUGGUAUCAGGGGAGUGUUCUCAAAGUAUGCCGAGACCGCCUCCAUGAAUGGCGUCAACAUGAUCAAUGCUGCCAGCAGUUUGACGGUUAAACUUGUUUGGGGUCUGUUGCUAGCUGCGACCUUUGGCGUCAUGACCUUUCACCUUUAUAUGCUUAUCGACAAGUAUUACUUAUAUAAGACCAAUACAAAGGUGGAGCUUGGCUUCAGUGAGCUGCCGUUUCCUGCAGUCACAAUCUGUAAUGUCAACAUCAUGAGACUCUCACAGCAAAAGUUCGCCAACCAGAAGAUUCGAGAUAUAAUUGGCAACGCGUCGUUUGACCAAUUGCUGGCGAAAGAAAAUGCCAAGCUGGCGAGUAAAGAUGGAGGCGGUAACGGAGGCUCGACUGAUGGGUGA